GCCCCCGCCGCAGAGGCCGGGCCGGGAAGGGAAGAUGGCGGCGCCCGUGUCGCCCUUGGUUACUGCGCGCUGCCUGCUGCGGGCUUCGGCGCGGCGCGCCGUCCGCCUGCUACCGGCGCGGGCCGCCGUACUGCGGAGAGCAUACACAGCUCAGGCAGACGAGAAGACAGUCCCUGGUCCUCCUACAGAUUCUAAUGCCAGAGCCUUAUUGGUUUGCAAUGGACCUUUAGAACAUUACGACUUUCUGAUUAAGCAAGAAGAGCUGAGGAAUGAUAAGCAACAAAGAAUAGUUGUGCAGCACCUGCAGAAGCUGCAUGAGAGCCUUAAAGGCUACAGCAUCAGUUCAAAAAAUCUUCUCUCAAAGCUCUUUGCAAAAAACAAACCCCCAAAAGGUCUUUAUGUCUAUGGAGAUGUUGGCACAGGAAAAACAAUGGUGAUGGACAUGUUCUAUUCUCACUUAGAAGUAGAAAGGAAAAAGAGAGUCCAUUUUCACGGCUUCAUGCUAGAUGUACACCAGAGAAUACAUCGACUUAAGCAGAGCUUGCCAAAAAGAAAGGCAGGAUUUAUGGCCAAAUCAUAUGACCCAAUUGCACCAGUAGCAGAGGAAAUAAGCGAAGAGGCUGCUCUCUUAUGCUUUGAUGAAUUUCAGGUCACUGACAUUGCUGAUGCCAUGAUUCUGAAGCAGCUUUUUGAAAAUCUGUUCCAAAAUGGGGUUGUCGUUGUGGCAACAUCUAACAGGCCGCCAGAAGAUCUUUAUAAAAAUGGUCUUCAGAGAGCUAAUUUUGUACCAUUCAUUGCUGUGCUGAAGAAAUACUGCAGCACAAUCCAGCUUGAUUCUGGAAUAGACUACAGGAAACGACUGCUUCCUGCUGCUGGAAAACUUUACUACCUCACAAGUGAAGCUGAUGUGGAGGCUGUCAUGGAUAAGUUGUUUGAUGAGCUGGCUCAGAAACAAAAUGAUUUAACUAGACCAAGGAUUCUAAAAGUGCAAGGCAGAGAGCUGAGGCUGAAUAAAGCGUGUGGAACCAUUGCAGACUUAACGUUUGAAGAGCUGUGCGACAGACCUCUUGGGGCCAGUGACUAUUUGGAGAUAUCAAAGCAUUUUGACACAGUCUUUGUUCGUGACAUACCACUUCUUACAAUGGCAAAGAGGACACAAGCUCGUCGUUUCAUUACUCUUAUUGAUACUUUUUAUGAGCAUAAGGUGCGUAUUAUUUGUUCUGCAGUGACUCCGCUCCAAAGCUUGUUCCUGGUAGAACAUGACAAUGGUGAGCUAGAGGACAACAGAGUGUUGAUGGAUGAUUUGGACUUGUGCCAGGAUUCUGCCAAAGGACUCUCCAUGUUUACAGGAGAAGAGGAAAUCUUUGCCUUUCAGCGUACUGUCUCACGGCUUACAGAAAUGCAAACUGAACAGUACUGGAAAGAUGGGGACAGAAGCAAAAAAACGUUAUAAUUAAAAGUUUAAUAAAAUCACCAAGAAGUAAAACUACAGAAUUUGAAAGCUUUUUAGCACAACUGAAAUAAUAAUUGCACUUUAUUAUUUGGACCAUGUUUUCUUUCAUCAGUUGUUUUUUGUGCUUAACACGUGAGGACUCGGGCUUUUUUUCUGUACCACCAGUGUGUGGACAUGUGAAAUUUUGCCUUAGUUUUCUUUUCUGUAAAAUAUAACUUUGAUGUUCAGGAAGUUUAAUGGGAUUAGAAUUUUUCUGGAGAAUUAGUCUAGAGACAAAGUUAAUGGUCUGCGCAGGGUUCACAGUAGAUUUAUAAUGUCAUGUGAAGAGGGCACUUUGUGGUUUAUGCACUGCUUCUGACAUGUACAAUGCAGUUUGGACAAAAGAAAAAUCAAAUGCUUGCUAUAUGAAACUCCUGAUAUGAUAUUGUAUAGGUCCCUACUAGAAUCCUGGAGAUCCUCUGUAGUGUAUUCUGUGGGUUUUUUUUCUUAUUUUCUGUGUGUAGCCAUCUGCUGACUUCCAGGCUCUAAGAGUUUCUUGUAAUCAGACUUGCUCAGUCUGGUUCAUUGAAAACUAAUGGAUUGAACCAAGAGAGAACCCUGAGGAGGAGCUUGAAGGUACUUGAAACUGCACAGGAUGAAGAUCUAAGUAAUCACAGAUGGGAAAAGAAACUAUGGUAAGACAGGGUAUACUGUAAUAUAGAAGUGCAAGUUAAUACUCUUCCCAAGUUUUGCGGUUCUUGCAAGCCUGGAUAUGCCGCCUCUACACCAGUGACGUACCUCUACCCUGAAUUUUCUCAGGCUUCAUCUAUACCAAACCUUCCAUUGCUGCUAGCACACCUGCCCUGAUCUGGGGACAGUAGUACACAGUACUACUGAGGCAAUUCAUCGUGCUACAAUAGGAAUGUGUUUCAUGGAAAUGAUGGGAUAUUAACUGAUACCUCAAAACACAUCACCUAUCCUCGUGUUUGUAGUUGGAAACUUUCUUUUAGUUAAAAAUGCAGUUGUGUCAUUCUUGGUUUUAAUCUAACAAACAAAAUAUGGUAUUGCAGAUAUUGGCUUAUAGUGUAUUUUUAUAAAAAGUCAUUUUAAGACCAUAUUUAGAAACCCUGAAUAGGCAAAAACAUUAUGCAGAUGGACUGAAAAGUUUGCCUUAAUUUCUUAGGGAGAAGAUAUAUAACACAGUCCCCAAAUUUGAGUUUUCUUGGAUUUUGCAACAUGACCUUUUUCGUGUACUGUAUCUGUUAUAAAAAAUAUUCUUCUCUGCCUUUGUUAAGCCUGAUUAAAUUGUUUCAAUUGUAGCCCCCAUCACAAUUACAGAAAGCUUUUAAAAGGGAGUUUUGUGUGGCAGGGAGGACUGGAGAGGUCCUGUGCACUUGCAUGUGUUAUGGUAAUACAGAUGCUUUGGAGCCAUGUGCUGAAGUGUGGUUUUCUGUUCUGAUCACUUCUGUUUGUCCUGGAAGUUACUUAUACUGGCUAUACCUGUUCUUCAGAGAAUUUUUAAAAGCCUCUAUUUAUAGUUUACAACUUACGCAACUAUGUUUUUAUUCCCACAAGGGUGACUACCAUGGAGAAUUUUAAUGCAUAUUUAUGAAAACCCCAGUCAGAAUACAUUGCUUAUACUUAAGAAUAUCCGAAUAAUUGAUGUAUAUUUUCAGAGAUUUGUAUUAGGUUUCUCAACAGAGGGACUAUUGAGAUUAAUGUAUGUGUGUCUGUAUGUACACACACAUAUGUAUACUUAAUUUAUACAUAUCUAUAUUUGUAUAGAUAAAACUAAUAUAUGUAAUUUAAAUGUGUGUGGUUCUAUAUUUAUACAUGGCAAUCUAUACUCAUCAGCCUGGGCGUGUGCUGAUAACUCUCUGAAGCUUCAGCCUUGACUUUUUUUCUAGCAGCAUUCAAAUGCCUCCUGAACCAGAAUGUAAUGUGGAAAAAUAGGAGGUGGUGGUAGAUACCCUAAAGCACCUUGCAUCUGGAUAUUUAUUUGCAUUCUUUUAAAAACUGUUUAUUAGUUUAGCCUGUAUGUCCUCUGUCAUGCGGUACAAGGGAAAUGCAUAAUCUUGCAGAGCACAGGUGAGAUGUUUGGGACAUGUGAGAGAGGAGGUCCUGGCAAGUUUUGUGUUCCCAUGGAGACUGUCUGGGGCCAGGGAAGUGAAGUGUUUCUCCACAGUCCGUGUGAGCGACGACCGAUCUCCUUUAAGCACGGGAUCCCUGGAGCCCCCUGGGCAGAUGGUUGUGUUCAAACUGCAGCUUUGCCUAUUGGUAUUUGAGGCUCUUCUGCAAUCUGAGCACCCAUUGCAAACUUGGAUACUCCAGGUUUGCGGAAGCUCCUAAAUGCAGUGGGACUGAUGUAUCGUUGAAAGCCUCCGAGGAUGUAGGUGAGCUCUGUCAAACCACAUGAGGGAAGUUCCCGAAAGCUUCCAGAGCCAGCACUGCUUCCAGGGCAUAUUGCUAAAGCCAUAGUGCAGUUUUUCCUUGGCCAGCAAGGAAGCUGUCUGUUGGGAGUCAUUGGUAGGCGCCAGCUGUAAUCAAGGAGAAGAAAUGGGGAGUAUUCCAGAAGUGUUUUGGGGCUGAAAACAAGAAAAGCUGCUUAAAUCAUUGUGCAGUGUUUGUGGUUGCACUGCAGAGUGUGGAUUGCCACAAAGAGAGAUUGAUGGGACCAAUUUGUCAGCCAGCCCAGAUGCCAGGGCAGAGAUCCCCACAGUAACCACAGAAGCAGCAUAUUUAUGUCUGUCUACUUCCCUGAAGAAAGUGAGGCCCUAUAUGCUUAUUUUACAAUGCUGCUAAUGAUGCUGUAGCAUGCAUAAAGUCUCUUUCCAAUAGUGAAUUUGGGGGGGCUUCUUCUGAGGUCAGACAACUUCCAGGCAACUGGUGCUGGCCAGAAUCUGUCACUGGGGCACGAUGGACAACACUGGGUAUGUCCUGCCCCAGGGCACUGGGUCACCUACGCUCCCAGCAGUCCUGUCCCCUACUGCCUGGCUUGCUCCUCACUGCUGUGAGACAGCAGUGGUCUGUGACUUUUUAUUCCCACACUCAGAUGUUGUAUUUGCCAAAAUGUGAACUGUGAGAUGCCUGUGAAUAAAUUAUGCACACUCCUUAAUGGCCUUAAAAUUGCUGGACUUAUGCUGGAUGCUUCUAUCCCAAGUUGAAGUAUUGGCUCUUUAGGUUUUUCUUAACGUGCAAAUUCAUGUCAUCUCAGAUCUGCAACAAGUCUUUAUUUCCCUUUUAGUCAUUCAGCAAACGUUAUUGCCAAAUUAUUUUUAAGGGUCUUUCUUCAACCUUACUGAUGUGGUAUGAUAUUUUGCUGUCACAGGAAGUAAAAUCCUUGUGAUUAUGGACCAUGUGAAACAUUUCAUGUUGGUUUAGAAAGGCCACGUCCUGGCUGAGAAUCUCUCAGCUAAUUUGUUUCAAAUACUUGAUUGACGAAGGAACGUUCCCAAUGCCCAAAAAUUCUAUCCAUAUAGACAUUUUAUCUUUAAAGCUGUAUUUUCAUUUUGCAUUCUUAUGCAGUAGCUCUUACUUGGCUUGUUUUGUUUUUUUUUUUUAAUAAAUAAUGCAAUUGUCUCUCAAAGUUACUGGUUUUCAGUAUUUACCUUUGCACAGAUCGAGGGAACAAUUGCAGUAUUUUGGGUAUAAUGAGACAGCCUUCCAAAGGUCUUUGGAGGAAUUGAAGGUGCACUUACUGCUGUUGUUGCUUUUUGAUCUAAAAAGGAAAACUAUUAAUGGCUUUUAUUGAGUAAAGGUGAUCAUAAUGACACUAUAGCUGGAUAGAUGUCACCAAUUUUGCAGCAAUUUAAACAUGAAAAAAAAACCAACCUGACCAGGUUUCAAACAGUGCUCAGCAUGGUCACCAGCCAUCUAACAAGGAAGAACAGUCUCUCCAUCAAGACCUGUCUAAGAGGAUAAAGAUCCCAGAGUUUUCUUUCUGCAGUUACCUGGAUCUGAAUAUUCCUGGUGCCUCAGUCUCCCUGUUGAUAAAAUGGGAAUGAUAUUACUUUUCUUAUUUGCUAACACUGGAGUGCUGCCAGGCUUCAUUCAUUAAUAUUCUAAGAUGCUUGCUGAGGCUCUGGGAUGAAAAUACUUCAGUAAAGUAUGUAAAUAGUGCAAAAAAUAAUUUAGCUACUCAAAGUGGCUUAGUUUCCUUGUUUGGGUUACAGAAUUAAUGCCAUCAACUAAACACAACGUGCCUCUUUGUAGUGAUUUUUUUUUUUAAUCAUCUGUUCUAAAGAAAAAAAAUUUUGAGGUUUGUGAUUAAAACCCUAACCAGUUCACGUAGUUGUUGUUCUACCUGUAAUGACAAACUUCCUGUAUGAUUCAUUACAACCUUAGCUCCUGUAAUUGUGAAGUACAGUGGCUUUGUAAAUUCUGUUGGGAUUUUCCUUGUAUGCUGAGAAUUUUUUUUUUGAAUAUGUAAUGUUGAGUCUAAUAUAUAACAAACUGAACGCUCCUAAAUCCUUCUGUUAUUUGAGAAGAGUUUGUUGUAAUAAAGAAAAAUCAAUAAAUCCAGAUUUUACAAACA